CGCGUCUUGUGCUUCUGUGAGGUCUGGGUGGCCGGCUGUGACCCCAUGGCGGACCCCCGGGAGGAAUCGGAGCCCCUUCUGAGCCGGACCCGCGGCGGCAGUGCCCGCCAUUUCCCGGCGGGCGUAUCCUCCUGUCACAGCGUCCAAGUCGGCCCUGGUGCCGUGGCCAGGCGGGAUCUGUGCUUGGACCAGGCUGUGGUGUUCAUCGAAGACGCCAUCCAGUAUCGCUCCAUCAACCACCGCGUGGACGCCAGGUCUCUGUGGCUGUACCGACGGUACUACUCCAGCACGAGCCAGUGGACUCUGAGCUUCACCAUUUUCUUGAUCCUGGCUUUGGCUUUUAUCGAGACCCCCUCGUCACUCACCAGCACCUCUGACGUGCGCUACCGCCCGGCCCCCUGGGAGCCGCCCUGCGGCCUGACCGAGGGCGUCGAGGCACUCUGCCUGCUGGUCUUCGUGGCCGACGUCUCCGUGAAGAGCUACCUGGUUGGGUGGGCCCAGUUUCGGAAGAACCCCUGGCUGCUGGCCUACCUCGUGGUGCUGCUCGUGUCUCUCGUGGACUGGACCGUGUCGCUGAGCCUCAUUUGUCAGGAGCCCGUGCGGGUGCGCCGGCUUCUGCGCCCCUUCUUCCUGAUGCAGAACUCCUCCAUGAUGAAGAAGACGCUCAAAUGCAUCAGGUGGUCGCUGCCAGAGAUGGCCAGCGUUGGGCUGCUGCUGGCCGCCCACCUGUGCCUCUUCACCAUGUUGGGAAUGCUGCUCUUCCCCGGCGAGAAGGACGACAGGCGGGACAGGCAGCGGCUGACCUACUUCCGCAACCUGCCCGAGGCUCUGACCUCCCUCCUGGUGUUGCUCACCACCGCCAACAACCCUGAUGUGAUGAUUCCUGCCUAUUCCAAGAACCGGCUCUACGCCAUCUUUUUCAUAGCCUUCACCCUGAUAGGGAGCUUGUUUCUGAUGAACCUGCUGACGGCCAUCAUCUACAAUCAGUUCCGGGGCUACCUGAUGAAGUCUCUGCAGACCUCACUGUUGCGGAGGCGCCUGGGCAUCCGGGCUGCCUACAAGGUCCUCUCAUCCAUGACGGCAGAGGGAGAAGCCCACCCCGAGGGAGUCGGGGUGAAGCCCCAGGACUUCCUGCAGGUGCUUCAGAAAGUCCAGCUGGACAGUGACCACAAACAGGCCAUCACGGAGAAGCUGCAUUCCCGCAGUGGGGACCUGCUGUCAGCUGGCGAGUUUCAGAAGCUCUUCGAUGAGUUUGACAAAAGGGUGAUUAAAGAGCACCCGCCGCGGCCCGAGUACCGGUCUCCGUUUCUGCAGAGCGCCCAGUUCCUCUUCGGCCACCACUACUUUGACUACCUGGGCAACCUCAUGGCCCUUGGAAACCUCGUGACCAUCUGCGUGUUCCUGGUGUCGGAUGCACAGGUGCUGCCCAAGGACCGUGACGACUUCGUGCUGGGGCGACUGAUGCUGCUGGGAGCCAGGAGGUUCGUCAGGGAAGGACACUGCCCGGUGUCCCCAGGAGAUUGGACCAGAGGGGCCAGGUUGGAGGCGGAGACCCCCGAGGAGAUUCUCAGCUGCGUCUUCAUCCUGUACUACCUGCUGGAGAUGCUGCUCAAGGUGUUUGCUCUGGGCCUGCGGGGGUACCUGGUCUGCCCCAGCAAUGUGUUCGACGGGCUGCUCACCGCCGUCCUGCUGGUUUUGGAGAUCUCAACUCUGGCUGUGUACCGCUUCCCACACCCGGGCUGGAAGCCGGAGGCGCUGGGCCUGCUGUCGCUGUGGGACGUGACCCGGCUGGUGAACGUGCUCGUAGCCUUCCGUUUCUUGCGCAUCAUUUGCAGCGUGGAGCUGAUGGCUGUGGUGGCUAGUACCAUCCUGGACCUGAUCAGAAACAUGCGGGCUUUCGGCGGGAUCCUGGCGGUGGUCUACUACGUCUUUGCCAUCAUCGGCAUCAUCCUGUUCCGAGGUGUCAUCGUGGCUCCUGGAAACAGCAGCCUGGCCCCUGACAACGGCUCCGCGCCCUGUGGGAGCUUCGAGCAGCUGGAGUACUGGACCAACAACUUUGACGACUUUGCCGCCGCGCUGGUCACUCUGUGGGACGUGAUGGUCGUGAACAACUGGCAGGUGUUCCUGGACGCCUUCCGGCGCUACGCAGGCCCGUGGUCCAAGAUCUAUUUUGUGUUGUGGUGGCUGGUGUCGUCCGUCAUCUGGGUCAACCUGUUCCUGGCUCUGAUUCUGGAGAACUUCCUUCACAAGUGGGACCGCCGCAGUCACCUGCAGUCCCUCACAGGGGACCUAGAGGCCACCUCUGAGGUGACCGUGGAGCUCCUGUUCAGGGAUGUCCUGCAGGAGCCCACGGAGGAAGAGCUGGCAGAGAAGCUGAGCCACCACCCGCACCUGCAGCUGUGCAGGUGACAUCCAGGCGCCUUCCCGGCUGGGGCGGCGGCAGGUGAUGCGGCCUCGGGAUGGGCGCUGGCCGGGGGAGGAGGCGGCCGCGGCCCACUGGAGAGGUUGCUCCCUUGGGCAGAGCCACCGUGCGUGCCGACGCUGGGACACACGCAGGCCCUGGUUUGCAGCCGAGCUGGACCACCUCCGCGGCCCCUCAGGCGCUGUCCGUGCCACUUUCUUUUUAUAAGCUGCUUCCCUGAGACUUAUUUUUCUAAAUAUUGAAAGAGGGUGACUGGGAGGGAGAUGCAGUGGCCCUCCCCCUGGGCCCUGGGAUUUCCGUGGUGCCUUCACUGCUGGUGGCCUUCAGGGACCAGAGGCCCACGUGGGGCCCGCACAGGCCAACUGGCAGCUUUCCAGGGCGUUAAGCUUGGGAUCCUGGUUUUACAUGAUAAGAAUCUGGACUGUGUUUUAUUAUUUUAUGGCUCGUGUGAGUGUGAUUGGGUGCGUUUCUUUAUGGGUGCGAAUGCCAAUCAUCUUCAUCAAUAAGUCUUGCAAAGAAGGAGGUGGUCAUCCUUUUUCCGACACGACUGUGCUUCUCUGGAACGGGGCCACCCGGUCUCAGCCUGUCAGAAGCCAGUGCUGUGGUUGGACCAGCCCUUGUGGUUCGUACUGUGUUAGCAAGAUGCCUUUCAGCAACCACCGUCAGGAAACUUUGAAAAAAUAAAGGUUUAUUACUUACGAGACCUGGAAAUUACAUAGUACACCUGGGGCCACACAGCGAGGUCUCGGGUAGAGAGAGAGAGAGUGUGGGCCUGGGGUUAUGCUUUUGUGGGGGUCGAGGGUUUCAGGGGCUCACUCUUUAUUGGUGAAUUUAAAACAUAAGAGCAGGAAUUUAAAGCCAAGGAAGAAAAAAAAAAAGUGGUCCAAAUGGUCAGUUAUCAAACUCAACCAAGAUUUCUAAAAUAAAUGAGCCUCAGUGGAGGAAGGUGGCCUGGCUCUUUAUCUCAUCGAGCGGCUGCCAAUGUGUUUAUUUGAGAUAGCCGUGUUUGAAGUGGACGCCUCUGCAAUCAAAGCUUAAGACAGGUACUUGCAUUACAGAAAAGAAGAAAACAACUGUCGGGGCUUAACACUACCCCAGGUAUGGUUGUGUAGGUUGUGCACUGCACAAGGGUACCUGGCUGCAAGGGUGUGUCCUGGCAUUGACUGUCUACCCCAGGAGGGGGACAUCUUUUUCUAAUUUGCAUAAAGACAUGUAUAAGUCA